AUGUGACAGGGGGCGUGGCAGAGAAAUCAGGAAACUCCUGCACUGCAACAAGUCAGCAGAAAGCUCUUCAGCAUGGCGUACUAUGCUGGGAUUCCAGAGGAGCCCGAUGCCUUAGUUCAAACCAUCAGCUCCAACAUCCAGAAGCUCACACUGCUGAACGCCGAGCUGCAGAGGGCAGUAUCUCUGCUGGGAACAGAGCAGGACAGCAACCAGCUUACACACACACUGCAACAGAAACAGCAGCAGGGCAACCAACUAGCCAAAGAGACUGACCGACUGAUCAAGACAUUCUCUGCACUUCCUGUUGGCCCUGAUCAGCGGCAGAGAAAAAUACAGAAAGAGCGCCUGCUAAAUGACUUCUCGGCCGCUCUAAAUAACUUCCAAAAGACCCAGCGGCAGGCAGCUGACAAAGAGAGGGAGGUUGUGGCCAGAGUCCGAGCCAGCUCCAGGGUGUCGGGAGGCCAGCCUGACGACAGCUUUGGAAAUGUGUCUCCAUUUGUAAAUGAGUCCCAGAUGCAGGCUCAGGCCGAGGCCAUCACCGAAGAAGACCUGAGACUGAUCCAAGAGAGGGAGUCGGCCAUCUUGCAGUUGGAGUCUGACAUCACGGAUAUCAAUGACAUCUUCAAGGACCUGGGGAUGAUGGUGCAUGAGCAGGGAGACAUGAUAGACAGUAUAGAAGCCAACGUGGAGAGUGCAGAUACGAACGUCCAGGGCGCCACCCAGCAGCUAGCACGAGCUGCUGAUUAUCAGAGGCGCUCUCGGAAGAAGAUAUGCAUCCUGAUGAUCGUGCUGGCUGUAGUUGUUGUUGUCGUUGCAAUCAUCAUCUGGCAAGUGGUCAAAAAAUGAGUAUUGUUCCUGUCCUCCGUCAUCAGCCUGGACAUGAGAUGAAGUGCCUUCAUUCCUCUCCUGUGCCUCCUCCUCCUCCUCAAACUGCCUGUCUGUCCUUGGAGGACACACUCCCCCACAAAACUAGCGCUGGUAGCUUUCUCGUUAUCUUCAGCUUUAACUGAACUGUGUGUGUGAUUUAACCUUGAUUUACUUUGACACGAAAAAGUUGAUUUUUGUCCCGUGAAAGACAGAGUAACUGUUUCUAUGCUGCCUUGACAAUGUUGAGAGUAUCUCUGUUGUGCUGAUAGUUAAAGUGUCCAGUGUUGACAAAGCUGCUGAACUGUCUUCAAAAUGCCACAUUUCUACAGCUGCUUUCUUUUAUCAGGUUACAUUUUUAAAUUGAUAUCUGCUGUGAAUCAUGUACACUAAGUUAAUUCACUCAGCAAAAACAAAUGUAACCAUAGUCUAAACUACUACAACUACAUUUUCAUGACAAUGCAGCUUUUUUAAACUCAUAUCUAUUGUACAUAAAGUUAUAAUUAAAAUUAAUAGUUCAUUUCUGAUCAAAUGAAUGUCAUUGUUUUCUAAUGCUCAAUGAAGUACUGCACAGAUUCAUUCUAAUUUCAUUGUCAUUUCGCUAACAACCAAUCAUGAGCCCCAUAGAUAUUCAUUAGUCGGAUAAUGAAAAUGAGAGUGUGAGUCAGCGGUUUGUUUCCUUCAGACAGACUGUUUAUUAUCGGUGUAGCUCAGAGGAAUAAGUGAGUGUACAUCAUGUCUAAUCGUUUUUAUUAAAUCAAGUUAUUGAUCACA